AUGAGAGGUUCUGGUCUUCCCCUCUGCCUUCUUUCUGCUGUGUUUUAUCUCUUCUGGACAUCUUCUGCUGGGCUAAAAACACUGCAUUUGGGAAGCUGUGUGAUCACCACAAAUCUUCACGGUAUUCGAAGUGGAUUUUCGGAGAUUCGGGACAGUGUGCAAGCCAAAGAUGAAAUCAUUGACAUCAGAAUCUUGAGGAAGACUCAGUCUUUGCAAGGCACAAAGCCUGCAGAUCGGUGCUGCCUCCUCCAUCAUAUACUGAGACUCUACCUGGACAGGGUAUUCAAAAACUAUCAACCCCCUGACCACCAUAUCUUCCGGAAGGUCAGCCGUCUCGCCAACUCUCUUCUUACCAUCAAGAAGGACCUCCGGCUCUGUCAUGCCCAUAUGUCAUGCCCUUGUGGAGAAGAAGCAGCGGAGAAGUACAGCCAGAUUCUGAGUCACUUUGAAGAGGACCCAUUCCCUCCUCUAAGCUAUUUUUCUGGUGACCGCUUGACCUAUCACAGGACCAACAAUGGGGAAUACAGCAGUGGAGAGUCAAGUCAGUUUGGGGACAUGAAGGCGGGCCUUUAA